CUCUCUCCUUCCUCAAAAAUGUCCUCAGUAACCACGAAAAUUCCCUACAAGUCCCUCACCAGAUUCAUGACCACUCUAAAACUAACCCAACCAAUUACCCUUUCUCGUUCUUUAUCUACCACCACCGAAACCCGAACCCAGAAGCUCGAACGUAUCGCCGACGAACUUCUGGACCUCACAAAGCUUGAACGAUAUGACUACUCAAUCUUGUUCCGUCACAAAAUGGGUCUCAACCGUUACGGUCCAGCUCUUUCCGGGCCUAGCUCGGCCGGAGCGGCAGCCGCUGGAUCCGGCCCACCGGAGGCCAAGGCCGCCGCGGAGAAGACGGUGUUUGAUGUAAAACUUGAGAAGUUCGAUGCAUCUGCUAAAAUCAAGAUUAUAAAAGAGGUGAGAACGUUCACAGAUUUGGGUUUAAAAGAAGCUAAAGAUAUGGUGGAGAAAGUGCCUGUUGUUGUCAAGAAAGGAGCCACCAAAGAAGAGGCCGAUUCGAUCGCUCAGAAACUCAAAGAGCUGGGCGCUACUGUGGUAUUGGAAUGAAUUGUUUAUUUUUGGUUGAAUGUGAUUUUUGGUUUUGAUGUAGAAUAAUCAUUGAUCAUCUUAAUGAUACCCAAAAAAAAAAAAAAAGAAAGAAAAGUGGAAAAUUACUUCUCUUUGGAAAUGGAAUUUGUUGCUGACGUUUUUGUUGGUUUAGAGUAGUAGCUGAAUUUUGGUGUUUAUUUAUUUGAUUAACGUGCUUUUAGAGUCGUUUAGUGUCAAGACAAAUGAAAAUUUGGGAGGAGUUUCGAGGUUGAGUUUUAUUAAAUGGGUACUAAGUUCCAUUGGUAGCUAAAUUUGGGUUAGUAUGUGAUUAAUGUGCUCAGUAAUUACCUUUUGAAGUGGUUUCUUAAUGAACACUUAAAGAGGAGAUAGUGGCUUCUUUUAGUUUCAAAUGAACACUUAAGGAGAAGUUUGGCGUAUAUAAUUAUUGCUGGGGUUUUGUUUUUCAGUUGAAAGCUCUGUUUCUGGA